AUUUUCCGUUCCAGGACUCGUUCUAUGCUAUCAAAGCGUUAAACAUGAAAGAAAUUUUUGAUCGUACCUCAUCUACGGUCUAAUCCUGUCUACGAGUUUUCUCAUUCUCUUCGAUUAUUUGUCAGAUUUCGAUUACAUUUUGACGGACCUGCAGGAUAAAUAGCCGACCGAUCGAUCGAGCUCGGUUCUUGAAAGAAAUCCAACGAAAUGCAGGAUGAGAGAGAGAGAGAGGCACAUAAAUUGUUUACGCGCACUUUGUCGUAUUUAAUCGAUGAUCAGAACGUCAAGGAUAGUCGUUAACUGUUCGGUACUUCGUCGAGUUCGAAUUGGAAUAAACUAUUCAAAGGCUCCGUUUAUAACCCUUUGAAAGAAAGUUUACAUCGAGGGAGGAUCGACCCUUUCACGGUUAGUCCACCGAGAACCAUCACGAGUGAGAAAUGGGAAAGAUGAUAAAAGUACGAAAUGUAAAAUGUAAUAUUAAUAACGUAAAAUGUAAUAGUGUCUAUGAAGGAAAAAGAAAAAGAAAAGAGAAACAAAAUAGCAGCAAAAACACAAUAUAUAUAUUCAUUCGAUCGCGCGUUUCAGGAGACAGAUUUUUUCGAGAGCGUAAAAGUCAUUAGAUGGAACAAACGAUUACUCAGAUGCAUGGGUGUUUGGCCACUCGCAGUCUACGAUCCGCUUUUCCUCUUCUUCGCAAUUUAUCUUCUCCUUCAUUGUUCGUUGGCGCUCGUAGAUUUCAUAGAUCAACCAAAGCAUAUCGAUUACGUAGUCAGAAUUUUGACGGAAAACGUGCCUAUUGUAAUGGCACUCAUAAAAAUUACAAUCUGCAGGCUGAACAGACGAUUGAUCGCCCAAUUAUUGAUUGAAAUUCAUGGGGAUUUUUCCGUGGAAAAUUAUGCGAACGAGAAGGAGAAACUGAUCUUUCUCGAUUAUAAUAAACUUUCUUAUAGAUUUAUCGCGAUAACCAUUGUCUCGAUGUCCUUCGUCAUCGGACUUUAUUUCUUCAAAGCCAUUAUAACGUCUGUACUAACAGGUGCUAAACUAAAUCUCGAUCUUAUUAAGAUCGAUUUUUUUCUUUUUUUUUUUUUUUUUUUUUGUCGAGGUCGACGCUCUCGAAAACAUUUAUUCUUCUUAAUCAGUCAUGAGAAAUUCGUCCUUGGAGUAUGAAUUGCCUUACAAAACUCGAACGAUGGUUAAACUUGAUGAUAUAACGACGUACACCUUAUACUCCAUCUACCAAUGGCUAAUUGUGAUAACCAUGAUCUCUGGUUACGUUGGAUCUGACUGUCUCUUCGCCAGUUUGGCCCUACACAUUACAGGACAGUUUGCGAUACUUAGAUGCAAAGUUGUGGAAGCGUUUGAAGAUACUGAUGGUUAUAACCGAGGUAUGAAGAAAUUGGUAAUCAAGCAUCAUCGAUUGAUUAGAUUGGCGGAAACACUGGAAGACGGAUUUAAUAUAAUGAUUUUUCAACAAUUAUUAGGUACUACGUUGAAUCUCUGCGUAUCGGGUUACUACGCGCUCGUGAGUUCAACGAACGGAGAAAAUAUCGUAUUAGUUACUUUCUUUGUUUAUGCAUUUACUAUAUUGAAUACACUGUUCGUUUACUGCUACGUCGGUGAAUGUCUCAUCGAGGAAAGCAUGGGUCUCGGUGACACCUUGUAUCAGUCCAAUUGGUACGACGUAUCAGCGGUCGAGUUAAAAACGAUGUACAUUUGUAUGGAACGAACAAAGAAACCGCUAAAAUUAACGUCUGCAAAAUUUUGUGCACUAUCCUUGGACACGUUUAGCGAGAUUUUGAAGACCUCGAUUGGAUACUUGUCCGUUUUACGAGCAUUUCUAUAGAUCGACUCGCAGAAACAUUUAAAUAUCGAUUAAAUCGUAUUACAGAAUAUAAUAAUAAAUUGAUUAAUGCGUUAUACGUAUGGUCGACGAUAAUAGAGCUAUUUAUGGUCCGAUAAAAGAGAAGCUUUAGUGAAUUUACGCUCAUUUUUUCAGAUACGCCUAUCGGCAUUGCGAUUCUUUUUAUAGAUGAAAAUAUUGAAAAACAACAAAUUUGUUUGUACGAAUUAAAUAUAAUAAUACAGAUCAUCGAUGUGUGUGUAAUUAAAA